GGAGUUUCUGGGGAAUUCUUGUGGAACUUUUUUGGGAAUUCUUGGGAGAUUUCUUGGGCAAUACUGGGAAUUCCUGGAGAAUUCCUGAAAUGUGCUUAACAUGCCUGGAUGUUGAGGUGCCAGAGGGGAAGGGGAGGGAGCAGGGAUUUGUAAAGGACCAUGAGCUGGAAUUUUGGGAUCUCCUGGAAUUUCCUCAGUCCCUGUUGAUCUGUGGGAAGCUGAGGAUGAGCUGGGAAUGGAAAUACUCCAGGAUAUGAAUGGAUAUCCUGGAAAAAUGCACAGCCAGGGGUUGCUGACGGGCUUUUCCAGAGCCCGUGGUUUGAAAUUCCCAAAUUCCUUGUGCAUGCAGCUGAAAAGAGCCGGGACGCAGCCACGGCCGCCGUUAAUUGCCGUGCGUUAAUGAAGUAUUCCUGGUUUUUUUUUUUUGUUUUGUUUGUUUGUUUUUGUUUUUUCCCUGGAUUUCAGCGGGGAGCGUUUCCCUGGGACAGGAGGCCGGGAUGAGCGAGGACAUCCGGAUCCAUUCCUGGCCUUGCUCCUACUACCAGGAGAGCAGCAAGCAGUGGAUUCCUGGGAAUCUCUCCCUGACUCCUCUUUCCAUCCAGUUCAGGGCUGGCGAAACGGGAGAGCUCCUGCUGCAUUCCCGCCUUUCCGGGAUCAGCCAGAUCAAGAAGGAAUGUUCCCAUUUCAUCUUCAGCUCCAUCACCGUCCUGGAGAGGAGCACCAAGCACUGGUUCAGCUCCCUGCAUCCCAACAGGAAUGUGGUGUUCAACAUCCUGGAGCAUUUCUGGAGGGAGCAGCUGCUGCCGGGGCAGGGAUCCGGCAAAGGCAGGGAAUUAACGGGAAUGCUGGAGGGAUCCCAGAAACGCCUGGAGGACACGGCCAAGGUGCUGCAUUCCCAAGGGGAGCAGUUUGACAGGAUCAUGACAGGACUCCACAAAAUCGAGGGGGACAUGGAUGUGGCCGACAGGCUGUUGACAGAGCUGGAAUCUCCUUCCUGGUGGCCCUUCAGCACCAAACUCUGGAAAACCCCUCCGGAAUCCAAACCCCGGGAAACGCCGCCGACGCCCGAUCCCAAAAGCCGGGAAGGAAUCCUGCUGAGAAUCCCGGUGAUCGUCACCCAUGGGACAGACUCCAACGCCAAACCUGGAAAACUCGCCGUGCUGUCCUCCGGCCUGGAGAUCAGGGAUGGCAAUUCCCAGCUGCUGCAGCGUUUUGGGAGCAGGGACGUGGAUGACAUCCGGGUGCACACCCCCUACGAGAUCAGCGUCCGGCAGAGAUUCCUUGGGAAAGCCGACAAUUCCUUCCGGCUCCUGGCGGCUCGGAUGCCCGAGGUGAUUCCCAUCCUGGAGGUGCAGUUCAGCCAAAAAAUCCAGUUUUUGGAGGAUGCUCUUGGAUUCGCCGGAGCUAGGAGAUGUCCUCAGGUGGAUUCAGGAACGUCCGUUGGGCAGGCAGCCAGUGCGUUCCCGGGAGCCGUGGUGAAUCCCAGAAUUCCGACGGGAAGUGGAGAAGGGAUGGACAAGGAACAGGAGCAGAGGCAAAAAGUUUCCCAGGAAGAGGCCAAGGAGCUCAGAAAGAUCCUGCAGAAGCUCAAGGGGCUGGCGCUGGAGACGGAAGCGGAGCUGGAGCGGCAGGACGAGGCCCUGGAGUCCAUCGGUAGCUCCGUGGAUCGCGCCACGCUCACCAUCGAGCGCCAGAACCGCCGCAUGAGGAGGCUCACCUAACCUCGGGAACGCCGGGAGCGGCACGCGGAGCUGCGGGAUCCGGGAAGGGCUUUUCCACAGGCGCUCGGAGAGGGGGUGGGGAUGAAAACUGGA